AAGUAGGAAUAUGAGCUGUGUGAAAACAACAGACGGGCGCUCUAUUAUGCUGCUAACCGUAACUAGCUACUGAUAGCAUAGGUCACGGUUGUCAUGGAGACCUCGGACAAUACCUAGGUGUGUCAAUUUUAGAGAUUCACUUUGGUUUCAGUGUUGUUAGUAUCUUGGACAUUCAUCAGUGCUAUUUUGCAGACAAAUAUGGUCAUAGUUUUUGUCCGUGAGCUAAACAAGUGUUAACAAUGGAUAUUGUGAUGUUAUGGUCAGAAUUACAAACUGCUAGAAGCACGACAAAAUGACCAGCUGGACUCCAACAUGCCUUACAGGACUACCCGAGACAAACGCAAUCUGUCCAGGUUAAACCUCGCAGGGGACAAAGCCAAUGGUAUACACAGAUCGUUAUCAUCGGUUGAAGAGGAGUUUAUUUAUGCUGCCGAGUUUGGAGACAUUCCAUCUGUCAAAAGGAUCCUGGACGAUAAUCUAACGUUUAAUGUGGACUACAGUGAUAUCAUCGGCAGGACUCCACUUCGUCUUGCAGUAGGCAAUGAACAUCUGGAGGUCGUCGAGCUACUUUUGGACCGGUCAAAUCUGGCUAACAUCCACGAGGCACUUCUCCAGGCCAUCAGUGCCGGCCACGAACAGAUCGCAGAGACCAUUCUAAAGCAUCCAAAAUACAGAGACGUUAAAAGGGAUAACAAGCGUUUUGGUGAAACAGAUUACUUUUUUAAUACCACGAAUGAGGAUUCACCGUUUUCUGCUGACAUAACGCCAUUGAUAUUGGCAGCGGAAAGAAAUCAGUUCGAAAUCAUACAGUUACUUUUACUUCGCGGCGAGAACAUUAAUAAACCGCACCAUUAUUACUGCAAUUGUCAGGAGUGUAGUAAUAAAAUUCAAUUUGAUCAAUGGCGUCUUGCGAAAACGAGGCUCAAUGCCUACCGUGGUCUAGCAAGCAGUGCCUAUAUCUCACUUUCCAGCAAAGACCCUAUUCUGACAGCGUUUGAAUUGGCAAGGGAACUCCGUGGGGUUGCAAAAGUGGAAAAGUAUUACAAAAAUGAGUACCUUGGUUUGGCGGACCAGCUCAGUAUAUAUGUAGUUAAGCUACUGGACAAGGUCAGAGGUCAUGAUGAGCUAGAAAAGCUUCUUAACAAGAAAGGCCCAGACUGUGAGGACGACACGUAUGAACUACUAUCCAGGCUCAAACUAGCCAUUCAUUACAAUGAGAAAAAGUUCGUUGCCCAUCCUAGCUGCCAACAAAAGCUGGUCAGCAUAUGGUACGAUGACCUUCGAUCUCUGGAGAGGUCAAACUGGUUUUUCCGUAGCAUGAUGGUCAUAAGUAUUACUCUAUGCUACCCAAUCUUAGCCAUUCUCUACUGGUUUAUUCCGAAGUCAAAGUUCGGCCAACUAAUGCGUUAUCCGUGUGUUAAGUUCAUCGGUCAUACGAUGUCUUUCAUCACUUUCCUGGUAAUGAUACUGAUAUCCAGUAUCACCGCCCAGCCUGCCACACAACAUAAGAUUCGAGCUUUUGACGAUAUUUGCGAGAACUACGAGUCUUUCCAAGUGAACAAAUCCAGCGAAUAUCCACCCGACUUCGUCGUGCGCAUAUCUAAACCAGAGAUUAUACAUCUGAUGUUAUCGCUGUGGAUCAUAGGCAUGCUAUGGCAGGAGGUGAAACAGGUGUACAGUGCCGGUAUAUUUGACUAUUUUGACUCCCUCUACAACUAUCUGGAUGUGGCGGUACUAACACUAUACAUUACGUCAUUUACACUUCGCUACAUAACCAUCAUGAAGGUUAAUAUGGCUUUAGUGUUCUUCAGUAGAUCGUCAUCGUGGUUAGCCCUGGCUAAAGGAGAACAUGUGGCGAAAUCACAAAUGUAUUGGCUCAUUGCAGAUCGGUCGUAUUGGAGUGCAUGGGAUCCACAUAAUGUCGCAGAGGGACUAUUUGCUCUCGCGAACGUGAUCAGUUUCACAAGGGUGUCUUACGUCCUUCCUGCCAACGAGCUAUUUGGACCAAUGCAGAUUUCACUAGCCAAGAUGAUUUCUGAUAUUCUCAAAUUUGGAGUGAUAUUUAUGGUAGUGUUCUUGGCGUUCAUGGUUGGUUUACACAACCUCUACUGGUACUACCCAGAGGAGAUGAGAAAACACGUGGUCUUUAUGAAAAAUAGCGUCAACAGCAAGGAUACGCUUGCUGGGCAAUACUUCGGCAUUCCACACAUUACAUUCCGAACGGUAUUCUGGUCAUUAUUUGGUCGAGGGGAGACAACCGCAGUAGAGCUUGGAGAGUUUGGACACAUUUUCACCCAGACCGUUGGUUAUUGGAUCUUCGGGGCUUACAACAUCGCUACAGUAACAGUGCUCCUCAAUAUGCUGAUUGCCAUGAUGUCAAGAUCGUUCGAAAUAAUACAGGGUGAAGCAGACACGGAGUGGAAGUUUGCUCGUAGUAAGUUAUAUAUGGAAUACAUUAAGGAUGACGCUACGCUGCCUAUACCAUUUAACAUCGUACCAACACCCAAGUUUUUCUACAAUACGGCUUCAUAUUGUUGGAGGACAUUUGCGAAGAAGGAUGACCAGGACGAGCCCCAUCCAAUACACCCAGGCCGUGUAAAGGAUAUCGAGAUGUUUAAUAUGAGUCCUGGAGCCACUAACUCGUCACAGCCUGCCCCAGAACCGAAGCCACCAGAGAGACGCGGUGCGGCUUGGUCACAAAAUAGUCGUGCUGGAAACCAAACAAAGGGUAUCAAGGUAUUCCAAGACCGAAUACACACCACCAAUGGUUUUGUCCGCAACGAUUCCGAUCCAAGUCUGUUCGCAGAGAAGUUAACUUACAAAAGAGUGAUGAAGAGGAUUGUAAAGCGUUACAUCUUUGACGUUCAGCGUGAAGAUGACUCUGGAGAAUGUGACUUCGAUGAAAUCAAACAAGAUAUAUCCAGUUUCCGCUAUGAAAUGUUGAACCAUUUAUCACAACGCCAGCGUGAAGCAAAGGACACUUAUGAACGAGUUGAUAACUUAGAAUACAAACUCGACACACUGAUACAACAACAAACACUGUGGUUAAAAGCUAUGUCUAAAAGUGAUUCCGAUUUCAAAUUUACUAUGGACCCAAAAGGUAUUUCAAAGGCCGCCACAGUCUCACAGGAAAGUGCUAUAUACGAUUGUAAUGAAGAGGCAGCUGAGGAUUUAGGAGAAAGUGACCGGAAGUCAAAUAUCGGAGUGUUGCAUGAUAUUCCAGAGGAAGAAAAAACAGCAGUUGCAACUGAGCAUAAGUUACAAAGACAACGAGCAGACUGUGAUAGGGAGGAGCGUAACACGGAGGAUAUUACGGUGGAGGUGGCUAUAGAUGGCAAAAAUAAUUGUGAUAUUGUAGACGAACGUUUAUAAAUUUUAUAAUGGCAAUAUGUAAUUGCCGAACCGAAAGUGCCUGAUAUCCUCCAUUUUACCUCAUUACAAUCUAGAGUUGGAUGCAGACCGUUUUCUGGCAUUUCCUUCGUGCUAAUAUUUUCGUAUACAGCUGGAUACAUUUGUUGACCUCUUGUUGACGUAUGGAAGUUACGCUCGUCAUACUUUCAACACGAGUUCUUCAUUUUCGAAAGGAUUAUUCGUACAAUACGAGGAAAAUAUAUGCAUUUUGUUGCUUGGAUUUAAUUACAUACCCAUAUAAAUACGUCAGGGUCGUGUUCUUGCAUACGUAUUUAUAAAUGAAGAUGUAUGAUUAUGAUUACCUGAAGGGAACACCAUUCGGCUUCAUCUAGUUUGUACACAAUUAACCCCGUCUUCAAAUAUGGUUCAAAAAAAUAAAGAAAUCUCUAUAGCGAUAUUCUGACACAGCAUAAAUUUACAUGAAAAUAUCUAAAACAAUAGAUAGAAUAACUUAUUUUUGUUGUUGUCGGUAAUCUGCACGUAAAAUUACAGAAAUCGUCUGUAAACAAUAGCCAGAAAGUACAAAUUUCCAAUGGCCGUGCCCAAUCUCAGAAACGUCAUGGCUUUGAAAUGAAAACUUAACGAUAAUAAGCCAUUUUGCUGUAGGUUGCCAUUAUGUUACAAUUCUGUCAGGCUUCCUCUGACUUUCCAGCGAUGUUACGACAGAAAAAAAUAUAUCUCAACAAAAUCAGUAUACCUAUCAUAUUUCAUAAUAUAAAGUUUUAUGCACAUGCAUUUGCAAUUCAAUUUCGUAUCGUGAUAAACAUUGUGUUUGUUUCUAUUUUUGACAUCUGUGAAAUAAAACUAUGGGUGUGGUCCCAUAUUUACCAUUGAUUAAAUCAGGAUUAUUAGUGUCUUCUUUGUCCUAAUUCACAAUGCCAUUAAAUAGUGUUGUUCAAUUCAAUCAACUUAUCUAGCGUGCAUUUCCCAUAUACUAAGCGUAAUAUGAGAUUAAAAUCCGUUUUUCAUUUUCUUUUUUACUAUUAUUAUUCUUUUUUCCUGUUCUAAUCAUUUUGCAUAUAUGACUGCGUAAAUGACGCGAAAAUGACGUUAUAUAUUAAUUUGGUAAUAUUUGUUUUAACUGAAACAAAUUUAUUGGUAAAGUGGUAUACAGAUCCAGUAUUCUUCGAAAGCAACUCAAUAUUUAACAAAAAAAUAUGAUAGCAUACUAGUUAUAUCCUAAUUCGUAUAUAGUUGUUAUGAUUAAAAUCGUUUGUAGUUUUGUUUUUGCUGUUGCUUUUAAAUCAUUUUUCCUUUUAACAAAAUUCUCCCCGAAAGUUGUUACGACAACACCAGAUGUUUAAUUACCUUUACCUUUGUUGUAGAUACUCGUUAUUGUUGGAUAUUUGAUAUUGUUUAACAAAAGUGGUUAUUGUUAAAACCUUUUUAAUAUUUGUUUGCAUGUUUUGACUACAUUUUAUUACGUUUUUAAUUGACCUGCGUUAAUCUGAAGAUUAGAUUGCUAGUGAAAUUAAUUUGUUUUGAAUAAUUCGCAUAUAAUGCAACAUACUUUCAGUACUAACAUUAUCGUUAAAUGAUUAAUUAAUCAGGUUUUAUAACAUUGUAUCACAUACCUUUCCUGUGGUAUACGGAAGUGUUAUUAAUACUGUAAACGACUUUCGUAUUAACACUAGUGUGCUAUCAUAAUAACGUAGGCCGUGACAAUAAACAAUUGACAUCUUUUGAUUGUCUCUGUAGACAUAAAGCAUAACGUCACAUUUGCCUGCAUUAUAUAGAAAUUAAUAAAUAAAGUUUUCACUUAUAAAAUAAACUAUGUGAUGAACAUAGUCUUGCUCUGAUUGCUUUGUCAUUUUAAAUCAAUUCAACUUGUUAAAUUAUUUCAUAUUAAUAAUUCCCAUAAGGCAUUGUGAGUCAUUAUCUUACUACAUUCAUCACAUGGCCAAAGGUUUACUAAAGAAAAGUGUGAUAAAGAGGUUAGAAAAAAGUGUGAUAAAAAGGUUAGAACAAAUUGUGAUAAAGAGGUUAGAGCAAUUUGUGAUAUAGAGCUUAGAACAAAUUGUGAUAAAGAGCUUAGAGCAAUGUGUGAUAAAGAGGUUGGAGCAAUGUAUGUUAAAGAGUCUAGAACAAAUUGUGAUAAAGAGCUUAGAGCAAUGUGUGAUAAAGAGGCUAGAAUAAAAUGUGAUAAAGAGCUUAGAGCAAUGUGUUAUAAAGAGGCUAGAACAAAGUGUGAUAAAGAGCUUAGAGCAAUUUGUGUUAAAGAGGCUAGAGCAAAGUGUGAUAAAGAGCUUAUAGCAAUUUGUGUUAAAGAGGCUAGAGCAAAGUGUGAUAAAGAGCUUAGAGCAAUUUGUGUUAAAGAGGCUAGAACAAAGUGUGAUAAAGAGCUUAGCGCAAUUAAAUCAGAUUUAUGUCAGUUACAAAUCAUAGAGUAAAAUAUAUCAAGAUUGACAUAUUGCAUCCACAUGAUGCUAUGAAUAUAUCGCACAUCAAAUCGAGGUAUAGCUUGCUUGCCUAAAUAUGUUAAAUCAAUUAAAUGAUUCUCUUUAACAUCGGAAUAGUGAUAGUUGAUAUCGUUAUAUAAUGUCACGACACGAACACAAGUCCGAUACUUUCAAAUUCAUACUUUACCGUGACCUUAUCUAUAAAAUUGAAUUGAAGAUAAUGAUAUCCUUCAUGCCACAACAGUGUCACGAAGUUGAAAACGGGUAAGAUGUUAUGAAUAGUUUAAUCAUUUUCUCUUCGGUAACAGAUAUGACUCAAAAUGUGUUAUUAUUCUUUUGAAUGCCAAAGAUGCUUCAGCGUUUGAUUGCAUACAGAUCUGCGACGAAAAGGAAUUAAGAAAUGGGUUACCAAUGUGUAUAAAGUGAUGAAAGCGGUGUACUUAUUUGAUACAUGACAACACAAUAUACUUAAUAAAAAUACAUUAAGAUAAAUGUAAUUUUUUUUCCACAGUCAUUUAAUUACCAACUUGUUUUUAGUGUCAUUUCAAACUGAGACAAAUAUUUGUUUUGUAAAGCUUAAACAUUCCAGCAUUCUAUUGAUAUCUGUAAGACUUGGGAAUUAUUCAAAUUAUUUCAAAUGUUUAUAGAAAAAGACCAUUUGUUGUUUAAAUUGUGACGUAACGUCUUUUCCCUUGAUGUCUGGUCCAGCGUGCCGAAUGUUUAGAUUUCAUAUAUAAUUAGAUAUCUGAUUUUGCUAUUUGUUGCUUUUUAUAUCAUCCAAUGCAUCUAUAAUAUUAAGGAGUUACCGUAUCCUUCACUAAAUAUAUCUCCUUUUCAAAAGAGUUCGUCUGUAAACUAAAAAAAAAACCUAACUGAAACUUAAUGUAAACGAAGUAUUGACAGAUGUGAAACAAACAUAAGAGGGAAAAAUAUAAACUGAAGAAGCUAUCGAUUAAGAUUCUUAAUAACUAUAUCGUUCUUACUGCAAAAAAUUGACAAUCUAGAUGUAUUGAUAUAUGAAUAUAAUAGCUCAUCACAAAAUAUAGAUUUUCUGCAUGUUGUUGAUACCCGUAUUUCUCAUAAGAAUUUAUCCCAUUUGAAAGGCGUUGAAAGAUUAAUCUGGCAUUUUAAUUUUCAAUUAAAGAGCACGGUGCGUGCUGUUUCAAAGAGUUCCCCCCUUUAUCCGAUCGUCUUAAGAUGGCCAAGUGGAUAAGCUGUAUUGAAAUAUUGAAUGUCAUCUCCGUGUUUUAUUUAAGACAAUUUCAUCACACUGGUCAUAUUCAACUGUACAGAUACUUUUAUGUCAUUUUUAUGUUAAUGAAUGAUCAAAAGUGCAAAUUAAAACUUUCUCUGUAAUA